AGCUAUCCUACAGAAUCAUCGAGUGCGAACGACAUGGCCUUGUUACGUGUCAAGCCCUUCCAUGGCAUCAUUCAUAGCCACCCGCCUUGGGCCACAGCAUCAUUCUCCACGCGGACCGUUCUACAAAACCAAGACCACACCCAUAAAAAGAAACAACCGAACGAUAGGAGAGAGGACUACUGGAAGUAUGAUCUCAGCUUCAAGACUCAGAUGGGCAAAACAGUCCUCAUUGCUGUUCUUGCCGGGGCCGGUGCUGUAGAAAGCUGGACGUGGUAUCAAGAAAUCCGGGCAUGGUGGACGGGAGUACGAGAUGAUGGGAGAGACGUAUAGGCUGCAUGGAAUAUCGGUGAGGCUAUUGCCGGUCCAUCUAGGGUAUAUGUCGAAUCAACUCAACGAAGCCUCGUCUACAACUCUUCCCGGAGACCAAUGCUUUACAUUUGUUGCCAUCUUUUCCCCAAUCCCAAGAGAGAACCGAACACCAACCCGGUCACACAUUGCCCCGAGGGUCGUCCAUUGCUUCCUGAAGGACUCCUUAAUGCAAAUUCUCGUUCCGUGUGGUUCCUCCCGUUCAGGAGAGACGAGUAAGGAGUGUAGAUUUGGAAACUGUUCCUCUCGCCGAUCAAGAAGAUCCUCGAGGUGGGUGACCAAUACAGUACAGUGGUCCUCGUUGCAGUCAGCUAGAUAUGCCACAGCUUGCGAAAGU